CAUGUAGGCAGUUAUUCCGCUGGGAUAGCGCGGCCGGAGCGCGGCGGCGGCGGCAUGGCCGGGGUCCCGAUCUGCGCCCUCCUCCCGCUCCUCGUCGGCGUCUGCGGCGCCGUCACCGGCUCCCGGGUCUAUCCCGCCAACGAAGUUACCUUGCUGGAUUCCAGAUCAGUUCAGGGAGAGCUGGGGUGGAUAGCAAGUCCCCUGGAAGGAGGGUGGGAGGAGGUGAGCAUCAUGGAUGAGAAGAACACUCCGAUCCGCACCUACCAGGUCUGCAACGUGAUGGAGCCCAGCCAGAAUAACUGGCUACGAACUGAUUGGAUUCCCCGUGAGGGGGCUCAGAGGGUUUAUAUCGAGAUCAAGUUCACUCUSAGAGACUGCAACAGCCUGCCGGGUGUCAUGGGAACUUGCAAAGAGACUUUCAACCUUUACUACUACGAGUCCAACAACGAUAAGGAGCGUUUUAUCCGCGAGAGCCAGUUUGCCAAGAUCGACACCAUUGCUGCUGACGAGAGCUUCACCCAGGUGGACAUUGGUGACAGGAUCAUGAAGCUGAACACAGAGAUCCGGGAUGUGGGGCCGCUGAGCAAGAAAGGGUUUUAUUUGGCUUUCCAGGACGUGGGGGCGUGCAUYGCUUUGGUGUCGGUGCGGGUGUUCUAUAAGAAGUGCCCACUGACCGUUCGGAACCUGGCACAGUUUCCAGACACCAUCACCGGCGCCGACACCUCCUCGCUGGUGGAGGUUCGUGGCUCCUGUGUCAACAACUCGGAGGAGAAGGAUGUGCCAAAAAUGUACUGUGGGGCAGAUGGCGAGUGGCUGGUGCCCAUUGGCAACUGCUUGUGCAAUGCUGGCUACGAGGAGCGCGGCGGAGAAUGCCAAGCUUGCAAAAUYGGAUACUACAAGGCUCUCUCGACAGAUGUUGCCUGUGCCAAAUGCCCGCCUCACAGCUACUCCAUCUGGGAAGGCUCUACCUCCUGCACCUGCGAUCGGGGCUUUUUCCGAGCSGAGAACGACGCUGCCUCCAUGCCCUGCACUCGCCCUCCAUCUGCUCCCCAGAACCUGAUUUCCAAUGUCAAYGAGACAUCAGUGAACUUGGAGUGGAGCCCUCCCCAGAACAAAGGGGGCCGUGAGGACAUCUCCUACAACGUGGUGUGCAAGAGGUGCGGGGCGGGCGAGCCCAGCCGCUGCCGCUCCUGUGGCAGUGGGGUGCACUUCAGCCCCCAGCAGAACGGCCUGAAAACCACCAAGGUCUCCAUCACCGACCUCCUGGCACACACCAACUACACCUUUGAAGUCUGGGCAGUGAAUGGAGUGUCCAAGCAAAACCCCAGCCAGGACCAAGCCGUGUCAGUCACUGUGACAACUAACCAAGCAGCUCCGUCCCCAAUUGCAUUGAUCCAGGCUAAAGAGAUAACAAGGCACAGCGUUGCCUUGGCUUGGCUGGAACCUGACAGGCCAAAUGGAGUCAUCCUGGAAUAUGAAGUCAAAUACUAUGAAAAGGACCAGAACGAGCGCAGCUAUCGCAUCGUGAAAACGGCCUCCAGGAACACSGACAUCAAAGGGCUCAACCCCCUGACCUCCUACGUGUUCCACGUGCGGGCCAGGACAGCAGCAGGCUAUGGGGACUUCAGCGGGCCCUUCGAGUUCACAACCAACACAGUUCCUUCCCCCAUCAUUGGCGAUGGUACCAAUCCCACAGUGCUUCUUGUUUCAGUGGCUGGCAGUGUUGUUCUUGUGGUCAUUCUCAUUGCAGCCUUUGUCAUCAGCAGGAGGCGCAGUAAGUACAGCAAGGCCAAGCAAGAGGCAGACGAGGAGAAACAUUUGAACCAAGGUGUUAGAACAUAUGUGGAUCCUUUUACAUAUGAGGAUCCAAACCAAGCUGUGAGGGAAUUUGCCAAAGAAAUUGAUGCCUCCUGCAUAAAGAUUGAAAAAGUUAUUGGUGUGGGGGAGUUUGGUGAAGUGUGCAGUGGACGUCUCAAAGUGCCAGGAAAAAGAGAGAUCUGUGUUGCUAUCAAGACUCUAAAAGCUGGUUACACUGAUAAACAAAGGAGAGACUUCYUGAGUGAGGCCAGUAUCAUGGGACAAUUUGACCACCCCAAUAUCAUCCACUUGGAAGGUGUAGUUACUAAAUGUAAACCGGUCAUGAUCAUAACUGAGUACAUGGAGAAUGGCUCCUUGGAUGCUUUCCUCAGGAAGAACGACGGCAGRUUCACGGUGAUCCAGCUGGUGGGGAUGCUCCGCGGCAUYGGCUCGGGGAUGAAGUACCUGUCUGACAUGAGCUACGUGCACCGCGAUCUGGCUGCUCGCAACAUUCUGGUCAACAGCAACCUGGUGUGCAAAGUGUCUGAUUUCGGCAUGUCCCGCGUGCUGGAGGAUGACCCUGAGGCAGCUUACACCACACGGGGUGGCAAGAUCCCCAUCAGGUGGACGGCUCCYGAGGCCAUCGCCUACCGCAAGUUCACCUCGGCCAGCGACGUCUGGAGCUACGGCAUCGUCAUGUGGGAAGUGAUGUCCUACGGGGAGAGGCCUUACUGGGACAUGUCCAACCAAGAUGUGAUUAAAGCCAUCGAGGAAGGGUACCGGCUGCCCCCGCCCAUGGACUGCCCCAUCGCCCUGCACCAGCUGAUGCUGGACUGCUGGCAGAAGGAGCGCAGCGACCGGCCCAAAUUCGGACAAAUCGUCAACAUGCUGGACAAGCUGAUCCGCAACCCCAACAGCCUGAAGCGGACGGGCAGCGAGAGCUCCAGGCCCAGCACAGCCCUGCUGGAUCCCAGCUCCCCCGAGUUCUCGGCRGUUGUUUCUGUCAGUGACUGGCUCCAAGCCAUGAAAAUGGAGCGAUACAAGGAUAACUUCACAGCUGCUGGCUAUACCACCCUAGAGGCUGUGGUGCAUAUGAACCAGGAGGAUCUGGCCAGGAUCGGGAUCACAGCCCUGGCUCACCAGAACAAGAUCCUAAACAGUGUCCAAGCGAUGCGCACCCAAAUGCAACAGAUGCACGGCAGGAUGGUUCCCGUCUGAGCCAGCACUGAACGAACUCAAAACUCUUGAAAUUAGUUUACCUCAUCCAUGCACUUUAAUUGAAGAACUGCACUUUUUUUACUUCGUCUCCUCGCCCGUCGAAAUAAAGAUCUGCAGCAUUGCUUGUUGUACAGAUUGCGGAAGCCAAGCGUGUGUGUUGGGAGGGGGCCCUCCAGAAAUGACAAGCCGUCAUUUGAAACCAGACCUGGAACAAAUUGUUUCUUGGAACAUAACUUCUCUGUUGAUCAACGAUAUGUAAAAUACAUGUAUCUAUAUAAAUAUAAAGUCACGUUUGAGUUUUGAUGCUAUGUUUGCUGCCAGAUACUGUGCUUAAAAAACAACAGCGUUACUUUCCUUCUCCCUGUGACCUGUAGGAUUACAACCAUAGUGUUUUAUUUGUGGGUGAAACCACCGUUGUGCAUCUUUCACUGGAAUGAAGAGCCUGCCCUAGGAUAUUUUUUUGCAGACUUGAUGCAUCACUAACACCUCGCAGAAACCUCAUUGAGAAUAUCAUGUGGCUAAUCAGUGCCUGCCAAUUAGUGAUCUACCCAUUUAUGGGCUUGAGACAUGAAGUGACCCAUCUUGUGGAUUACUGGGCAGAACUGAACUUCUGGGGAGGUUCUUGGCUGUGGUGCCGUGCUGAAGCCUACCACUGAAAGACAUUUGUGACCAUCAUGCCAGUAGCCAGCUGUGACAAUCGUGGCUGUGGAGCUUUCAGACUUCUUUUCUCUUUCAAGAAACUAUUCCCUUUGCCUCACGGAAGGUCAGUGGAAGUACGGCGUCCAACAUGUUCGUGGUGCUUUGUUUUGUAAACUCUGCUGGCAUUUCAUCAUUGUUGGGGGAAAAUAAAAAAUGCUGUGGGAAAUUGGAUUUUGCUUUCACGGCCUCGUAGCCCGUCCUGUUGCUCACAUUGACCAUGGAGAAACACAGACCAGACACGAAGCCUUCUGGAUCCACGGCUGCGUCUUCCAUAGCACUGAUCCUGGGAAACACAUGCUGAGCAGUCAUCAGUCCCCCAAGAGAGUGUGACUUUUACUUUCUCUUUUUUUUUUCCUGGGCCACCCACUCCGUUGAUUUUCUCUGUCGAGCGAUAACUAACUCGUUAAGACUCAGCACCCAGUUGUCACUUAAGGAAUGUACUGUGUCAAAGCCCUACAGACUUCUGGAUGAUUUUUUUUUCCUCCUCUUCUGCUUUCUCUGCCUACCUUUGGUUUUAUUUAUAUAUUUGGUUGUUGUCUCUCCUCAUCCCCUGGCUGUCACUGCUGCAUCCCGGACGAAUGCAGGUGACAGAGCACUACACAUCUUCCCAUGGACGCCAGGCCAGGUGCCACAGCAAAAAACCCAGUUCCUGUSAGCUGCCUGUGUACAUUGCCGAAGUGACAUUUUACACUAAAGGUGCCAUUGCAGUGAUAUAAAUAUAUUUUUUUUCCCUUGAAUGGAUAAUGGAUUAUUAUCUCCUCCGAAAGGUGCGUACGUGUGUGCUUGUGUCUGCGUGCGAGUCACCUCGUGUGUAGAACUGCUGUGAACGUGCCCCAAGCACCUCUGCAAGCACAGGAGUCCCCUGUCCCAUGAGACCAGGCCCAGAGCUCGUGUCUCAAAUGGUAGCAAGAACAUACACAUUAAAAAAUGUUUGAAUUUCUGUAUCUGUAAGUGUAUUUUUUAGCUGCCACAAUAAUGUCAUUGAGUAGCUCCACUGCCUGAAASAGUUUCAAGUUAGUUUUGGAGUUACUGAUCCUGGGAUCUGAAGGGUGCUAAAGGUUUUUGUUAAGUGUUGUUUAUUCGUACUGGUGCCCUGUUCAUGACCAAGACCAAGGUGAUGGAGGCAACACCUGCAUCUCCAUCCACUGGURAUCCUGAACUGAAUUCUUACGUAGCCUUUUUUACCUGCAAAAAGAGGAUUUUAAAGACUUGUUGAAUGCUGACAAAUAUAUGCAAUUCUUCCAUUCACAGAAGCACCUCRCUCUGUGUGCAAGCUGUGAAAUCUUGCAACGUAAUAAUCAGAACACUUCCCUGGUUCCCAGCACAGUAAAGGAACAAAAAUGCAGCAAGAACUGUAAAGUUAGAAUAGUUAGCAAGGGAGUUGUGAAGUGUGCGCUGUUCCUUGUGCAGGUGAUGAAGAGCAGGGGAAGUGCAGCAGAAGACACUCUCUUCUCCACAGCCCGAGGAGCAGUGCUGCAGUGUGCUGGUGCUGCUGGGAGAGUUUUGUGUGUUUGGAGAAUUCACCUCAGUGUGGUGUGGGGCAGCUGAGAGGAGCUGAGCGCUCACA